CGGUUGUUCCGCCGAGUGGCGCCGCGGCUCUGGUUCCGUCGCCUUAAAGGGGCCGCGCUGGCGGCAACCGCGGGCAGUGGCACCGGCCCCGCCGAACGAGAACGCCGGUGCCCCUUCCCCCUUCAGGGCCGAGGCAACCUCCCCCCUACGUUUCAGUCCCCCCCUUUACACUGCCCGGCGUCCCCGUUCAAGGUCGAGACCCCUCCGUACCGGGCUCUCCCGGGAGAUUCUGACCCGCCCUAAAGCAACGAGAUUCCUGCAGAGGGAUGUCCUGAAAAUGAAAAAGUGCUGCGAGGGCGUGGGGCUGCCAUGCCUGUUUAAGGGUGUGGGUAUGGCCAGCUCCAGGCCUCCCAGCUACCUCCUUGUCUUCGAUUUUGAUGAGACCAUCAUCCAGGAGAACAGUGAUGACUCCAUCCUCCGGGCAGCACCAGGGAAGGUCCUUCCAGACCACAUCCGCCAGACCUUCCGCGAGGGCUUCUACAACGAGUACAUGCAGCGUGUCCUGACCUACCUGGGGGACCAAGGGGUGAAGAUGGGGGACUUCAAAACUAUUUAUGAGAACAUCCCCUUGUCCCCUGGCAUGCCAGAGCUCUUCCAGUUCCUCUCCAAAAACCAUGAGCUCUUCGAGAUCAUCCUCAUCUCUGAUGCCAACACCUUCGGCAUUGAGUGCAGCCUGAGGGCUGCUGGGGUCUACUCCCUCUUCCGUAAGAUCUUCAGCAACCCAUCCAGCUUUGACAAGAGGGGUUACUUCACCUUGGGGCCCUACCACAGUCACAAGUGCCUUGAUUGCCCGGCCAAUAUGUGCAAACGCCAAAUCCUCACCGAGUAUCUGGCAGAGAGAGCCCAGGAGGAGGUGGAGUUCCAGAGGGUCUUCUACGUGGGGGAUGGCGCUAAUGAUUUCUGCCCUUCUGGGACUUUGACUUCAGCUGAUGUGGCUUUCCCAAGGAAGGGUUACCCCAUGCACCGUAUGACCCAAGAGAUGGAGAAGAAGCAACCUGGAGCCUUCCAGGCCACUGUUGUCCCCUGGGAGUCAGCUGCAGAAGUUGCCUGUUAUCUCCAGGAGCUCGUCAAGAAGAAGUGUUGAGGGGGGCUGGGAAGAGACUUGCUUACCCUAACCAUCUGGGAAAGGAGAAGCUUGAGGUGUCCCAUCCUGUCCCUACCAGCUCAGCCCCUCUCCUGGGUUUUGCUUUUCUGGCUUUUCUUUCCUAGCUCCUCUCUCCUUGGUGAUUAAAGCACUUUCUCAAGGUCCCCCCAUCUCCUCCUGCCACAUUGAGUCAAACCCUUCUCUAUGCAGCUUGGACAUCUGCCCAGUGUGGCUGUUUGGCAACAUUAAUGGUCAUUUAUUUUUAUUUUUGGUGAUUUUUCACAAGAGCUAUUCCUAACAGGCUUCACCCCACCAGGAGCUCCAUGCUGGUCCCUGGAACCUGAUGUUCAGAAUCUCCUUGCCUCUUUGGGUGGCCACUGGGAAUUUCUUAUGGGCAAAUCUGCUGCCCAGGCUGCUCCAGUUUGCCCUUCAUCUGGGUGAGGCAAUCCUUGGCUCAGCUGCUGAUGGAGUUCAUUGUCCCUUAAGACUUGACUGGGAAAAAAAAA